UCAUUUGUUUUUUAAACACAAAAUUUUUUGUUCCUAAAAGUAUUUCGGUCUCUCCUCCUCAAUAUUAAGUAGUCAAAAUCGUGUUCUGCUACCACAUAAUUAUUUAAAAAAAGGACAAAAUCAUUUUAAUUUAAGUCUCCAUGAAUUUCCGGCUUUAAUUUAAAAAAAUUUUUUUUAUCUGAAGAAUCGAAAAAUGGCACCCUUAAAGAAAAACCAGAAUGAUUCUUCUACCUCGAAAAACCAUCACAAGAAGACAAAACGCAGGCGUUCUUCAAACAAACUGAACUUCAUCUAUAAACACUUAGCAAAUUUGUACGAUGAAGAGGCCAAAAAACCUGCGAAAAAUUCGAAUGCAAAUUCUUCCCAAAAGAAAGGACAAAAGCCAAAGCUAGACGAUAAAUCGAAAAAUGCGGAUUCCGAGAAUUCUUACAGAGUGUCCGAUUCAGGUAACUCUUCAGAUGAUGAAGAAUUUGAUGAUGGUAUGUCCGAUAGCAGUAUUAAUUCUUUAAAGAACGAUUCAAAAGAUGACAUUCGAGUGCAGUCUAUCGUAAGAAAAGCUUUGGACAUCGGGGUAGAAAAUGGUUAUCUUGUACCAACGGAUACAUCAUGCCGUGUUCUGCGAGUAGCAUCCAACUUAGUGGAGCUUGAGAACCGGAAACGAAAACACGAAAUAUCAAAAUCGAAUGACAAAAAUGGAGAAAAUGACGAGGUCUUAGAUAAAAGACGAAGACGCAAGCGUUCAAAGGGGCGCAAACGAAGGAGGAGGUCUCACAGUCGUGGAAAGAGGCGAAUGGCUAAAAACGAGGAAUUAGAAGAUAUGGCAGAAGCCAAAGAAGAUGAAGAUGAAAACAGUCAGGAAGACCAGGACGACGAGGAAGAAAUGGAAAAGAAAACGAACAAACAAGAGGAAGAUAAAGGAAAUGUUAGAAAGACAAGAUCGAAUGCACCCGAUAGAGAGGUUAAGGAUGCAAAGAAAAAAGAAAAUUCAGAUGAUGAGAGUGCGGAUGUAGAACACGAUAAAAAGGGAUGAAAUUUUCCAAAAAGCUCAAGUAUUCCAGAACAAAGCUUUUAUCUAGACCAAAAUCUCUAAAGACCUUCUUUUUUAUUAUCAUAUUAACAGUUAAAUUUUGUAAUUAUAACUUAAAAAUCUUUAUUAUGAUUGUACCUAAAAGUUAUACAUAGUGGUCGUGGUUUGUUUUAAUGCCUAUGAAACUGUAUAGUCAUCCGUCAAGUGUGAAAAUAAAAUACUCUUCAAAAUUCUAA